UGAUCAAUCAGUUCAACGACUCGACUCAAAUCGAUUCGACACCCAACGCACGCAACAAUGGCAAGAGUACAACGUCUAGCAAUUCUUCUUACCCUGGCGGCACUGGUCGCAGCGAAACCAUCGCGACCGAAGAUUGUCGGUGGCGAGGAAGCCAUUCCGCACGAGUUCCCGUACCAGAUCUCGCUGCAGUGGAACUUUAACCAGGGUGAACAAGAACCAUUCCACUUCUGCGGUGGUUCGCUAAUUGCUGACCGGUACGUGCUCACUGCCGGACAUUGCGUGCCCAGUGUUAUAUCGCCCGACGGUUUCCCAGAAGCCGUCGCCGGAGAGCACGAUUUCAGCCAGUUCGAUGCAGCAGUACAGCGUCGUCGUAUUGUUGAGAUGAUCGUGCACGAAGACUACGCAGGUGAAGUCGGUCCCAACGACAUCGCUGUGUUCCGCGUCGAUCAGCCAUUCCGGCUGAAUCGUAACGUGCAGCUGGUCCGAUUGCCGGAACCGAACGCACUGCCUACGGGAGUGUGCACCAUCAGCGGAUGGGGAUCAACUUCCUUCACACCGCUUCCUAGCUAUCCGGACACUCUUAUGAAAACGACCCUUCCCAUCAUGGAUCUGGACGUGUGCCGUGACAUCUACCAAACGGACCUGAUUGAAGAUAGCAACAUCUGCGCCGGUACGAUUGAAGGUACCUCGAGCGUCUGCUCGGGAGAUUCUGGCGGUCCGCUUGUGCAAACCGACGAUGAGAUCGUGCAAGUUGGUAUCGUUUCCUGGGGAGGCAUCCCGUGCGGAGGUUACAGAAACCCGGGUAUAUUCGUUCGUGUUUCGUACUUUAUUGACUGGAUCAAUGAUAAAAUCAACAACUAAAAUUACAAACUUUGUAUGAUUCGACGACGAAUGUGCUAUACGAAUAAAGGCUUGAAAUGAAGAAUUAA